UCUCGUGCGAUAAGAUAUAUACUUUACUACAUACAACACCGAAUACUAGGAAUGAUAGCCUGACAAGCGCGCUAGCUGUCGCGCAGUGGUUUGAAGGUCAACACUUUACUGCUCACGACUUGUGAAGCGGGCGCAUGCUAAGAGAUGUCCACGAGCUCUAGGCACCACGAGAACCCCGUAUUUGACCGGGAGAGGGACAACGCGCCUUCGGACCAGCACGCGCACCAUUCGCACUCGCGGGCUCACCACACGUCGGGCAGUGGCAUGCAGCCAGGCCAGCACAAGCCAGGAUCAAUUCAGGUGCAGCCGGGUGGAAUGGUCCGGCGGUCACAAGCGGCGGACUCCUCGCUACGGGAGUCCACACAGGAGUUGUUUGAGACGUCGGAGGCCCAGAUCCGCUAUCGUGCCUACAGUCGGUUGCAAGCUGCGGCGGUGGCGAUGGGGGAGUCACUAGCCAUCCCCGAGAUUGUGGCCAUUGGAGGCCAGUCGGACGGCAAGUCGUCUCUUCUCGAGGCGUUCCUUGGGUUCCGCUUCAACGUGCGGGAGGUGGAGAUGGGCACGCGGCGGCCGCUCAUUGUGCAGAUGGUGCACGACCCCACGGCGCAGGAGCCGCGCUGCAGGCUGCAGGAGGAGGACUCGGACGAAUACGGCCCGCCGAUCGUUCCUGAGACCGCGGUGGCCGACGCGAUCCAGCGGCGCACGGAGGAGCACCUGCGCAAGAUGGGGGGCAUCGCGGUGUCGUCCAAGCCCAUCGUCAUGCGGGCCGAGUACGCCUACUGCCCCAACCUCACCAUCAUCGACACGCCCGGCUUCAUUCUGAAGGCUAAAACUGGAGAGCUGGACAACACGCCCGAUGAAAUCAUGUCCAUGGUCAAGGCGCAGGCGUCGCCGCCUCACAGGAUGAUCCUGUUCCUGCAGCAGAGCAGCGUGGAGUGGGCCAGUUCGCUGUGGCUGCGGGUGGUGCAGGAGGUGGACCCCUACUUCCAGCGGACGGUCAUUGUGGCAAGCAAGUUCGACAACCGGCUGAAGGAGUUUGCGGAGCGCUGGGAAGUUGACAAGUACCUGUCCGCAACGGGCUACCUGCCGCCCAACGUGCGGCCCUUUUUCGUGGCGCUGCCCAAGGACCGCGUAAUCCAGAGCAGCGCGGAGUGGCGACGGAGCAUGACGGAGGUGGACACGGCCAUCUACAAGCACAUGCGGGACGGCAUUAAGGGCGGGUUCGAUGAGGAGCGGUUCGCCAGCCGCAUCGGCUUCAGCAACUUGAAGAAGUUCCUGGAGGAGGAACUGAGCCGUCGGUACCGCGAGGCGGCGCCCGCCACCCUGGCGCUCCUGCAGGAGCGCUGCGACGCGGUCUCCACCGAACUGAUGGCGGCGGAGAUCCGGCUCAAGAGCGCGGAGGACGUGGGCGCGCUGCGGCGGGCGGCCAUGAAGUACGCGGACACGGUGGCGCGCCAGGUGGUGUCGCUGCUGCAGGGCUCAGCGGAGCCCGACCCCAUGCAGCACGGCCUGACGACAGACGAGGAGCGGGCGGCUUCGCGCGCGCCGCAGUGGCCGGGCAUUUCGGGAGCCUCCGUGCAGCCGCUGCACCACGACAGCAAGCUCUUUGGCGGGGCGGCGUUUGAGCGCUGCCUGGAGGAGUUCCAUAUGGCGGUUGCGCACACCCGCUUCCCCACGAGCAUGAGCAACGACCGGUUGCGGAACAUCAUGUACGCCUACAAGGGCAAGCACCACAACGGGGGCGCGGCCAAGGCGGCCGAAGACAUUGCGCGCCAGGCGGCCAAGGAGGCGCUGGGCCCGCUGCUGGACGCGGCGUGCGUGCGCCUGGCCUUCAUCCUGCGCCGGCUGUUUGACAUCGCUGCGGACCGGGCCGCGGCUACCCUGGGCAGCAAGGACAACCUGCACCCGUACAUCUCCUUCCACGCCACGCUGCGGAGCGCGCAUCAGUCCUUCAUCUCGCGGCUGGAGGAGCAGGCGCGCAUCAUGCUGCGCACGCACCUGGAGGCCGCUACCAGCCAGUUCGCCAUGAACAUGUACGCGCACGUGCCCGACCCGGGCGACCCGCUGGACGUGGAGGGCGAAGAGGAUGGCGACAUGGACGGCGCUGCCGAGGAUGCGGAGGGCGCCAUGCCAACGCCUGGCCCGGCGCGAGUGCAGAUGACGGUGCCUGAGACACCCUCCUCUGCCGCCACCGCCCAGGUGCUGAACGAGCGCCUCAAAGCUGUGCAGCUGGGCGGCGGUGUCGGGGCUCCCGGGGGACCGGGGCGCUUCGAGGACAACACGCCCAGCAGGCGGGCGACCAAGUCACGCCGCGUCGCGCUGCAGAACGGAGGUGGCGUGGGCGGCGUGCUAGCGGGCGGUGGCGCCAGCUCGUCGUCUGACGACGUUGUGUCGGCGUCGGAGGCGCUGUUUCGCAAGAUUCGGCUGGCGGUGGCGACGCAGUAUGCGCCCGCCACGCUGAAGAGCACGUUUUUGGACCCCAUGACGGACCGCCUGGGGCUGGAGGUGUCACUGGACCUGUUCGCGCGCAGCGACGGGGACUUCGGCACCAUGUUCAGCGCGGCGGGCGCGGUGGCUGCGCUGGCGUCCAAGCGCGACAUGCUGGCGCGCCGCGUGGAGGGCCUGAUCAAAUGCAAGAAUGAGUUCCAGGAGCUGGCCAAGUGCCUGUGACAGGAAGUGCGAGAGUAAAGGCUGCGUGAUGAAAGGGCUGAGGGAGCUAAGGAUGUGAGACAUAGCGUAUGGUAAAUGGGGGUGGUGUGCUGCUGUUACUUGUCAGUACUGCUGAGACUGUGCACGGCCAAGGACUCUGGGUGGACCAAGAUGCGGUGUCAUAUGCACCAAAGGGUAUUAUAUGCGAACGACGGGUAACUUGAUGACUUGACGAGCGAACUAAUUCUGUCUGUGCCCCACGUGUCUUGCACGCUUGAAGGAUGCAUGCGGGGCGUAGUAUGCACAAUGACCUGGACUGUGGUUCUCCUACCUGAGGCAUCUUGUCAUUCACUGUCGCACUGCACGUGCGUAGACGAGCACGCAAUCGGCAGGCAGUCAGCACGCCGCUAAUGGAGGUACUGUGUAGCAACCGACUACCGCACGAGGCACGACGGUACCGGGUAGGCAAGAAGGCAUAGCUGAUGCGGGAGGCCUCGUGUAACAAGUACUAAAGGGCCACAGCACGGGCAUAUGGUACUGGAUAAGUGAAGGUAUGGUGCUCAGGUAGAGGCGUGGGGACGGGCAGAGCACACAUGUUGGUGCUUGAGGGUGCCUGUGUAAAGGCAUGUGCAAAUGGGCGAACCUGGGCGACCCACCAAUGGGUGCCAGCCAGCACGCGGUGCCGAAGACAAUCCCACCCAGUCUGGCUGGUAGAGUAAUUGGGAUGCUUGGGGUGCUGGAGCACAUAAGCGGCCACGCAGAACCCGGGUCAACCUGGCUGGUGAGUUAUUGACGAGUGUUGCGGAACUAAUGCGUACGUAGACCAGAGCGGAAGGCGGAGUGGGCUUGCAGGCGGCACGAGAGUAGGCAGUCAGUAGCGCAAGUUGCGAAUUCACAUGUUACCUCGUAACCGACGGUAAACGCUGUGGACGGUCGCGCCCAUGGCUGGCUGACGGAAGGUGGCUGCUGUAUUGGGAUGGCUGGGCUGGACGACGCCGGCCGGGCUGGCGUUGGGACUACCAGAAAGGAUGCGCCCGAAACCAACCUGGAGAACACCAGCGCCACCGGUGCCCAGCACGACAUGUAAGGGAGGGAGGGA